UUCUUUCUUUCUUUCUUUUUUACAGUUUUACUUGAAGUAUUCCCUAUUUAAGAAGAAUGGGACCUUUGCAGAUAUAUGAGGUGAAGGGAAAGGGAAGCAUGCGCAGCCGUAUCCCUCGAUUUGUCCUCCACCCCUUGCGUACUAAAGCAAAGGAGUCAUCGGUGUCCAACAUGCCAUUGUCAGAAGAGGAGAGCAAGGAUUUUGACAUUAGCUCCCAGCACUCGAAAAGAACCAUCAGCCCAAACAGCCUGUCCUCUGAUGAUACUGGAUGCCCAAGCAGUCAAUGUGCAUCACCAACCAAGACCCUCUCAGGCUCUGACAACAGUCCAAUGGGUUCGCCCUCUCUGGGAGAGCGCACGGUCAAAGUGAAGAGAGUUCGGAUGAACGUAGUGGCCGAGUGGAGCGAACCCACACAGAAGCACAAGAGAGAGAAGCAACAGCCUGCCUCCAUCAUGCAUAAAGUCAGUGAGACAGAUUUCAGCUCAUCUAGCAGCACUGGAAGCUACAAGACACGUGAAACUCUGCCCAGCAACUCCACAGGGAAGAUCUCAUCUUCUCGCAGUCGUGAGCCUCACAUCAGGAGCCUGCCUGUGUUUAAGCCCGUGGGAAGCCCCACCGCCUCUCGCGACGCAGAGCUUUAUGCCCCAUACAGGAUGCCCCUCAAAGCCCCUUCUGUCACCAACAGCAGUACCAACUCCAGCUCUACCAGAAGAAGAACUACUCCUGUGCGCUACCAUUCCUGCGGAGACAAUCAUGGCAUCAAGCCUCCCAAUCCAGAGCAGUACCUUACCCCUCUACAGCAGAAAGAGGUAUCCAUACGACACCUCAAGACCAAGCUCAGAGACUCACAGAACACAGUUUCUGACCGGGAGACUGAGAUUGAGGAGCUGAAGUCCCAACUGGGGCGUAUGCGGGAGGACUGGAUAGAGGAGGAAUGUCACCGUGUGGAAGCUCAGCUUGCUCUUAAAGAAGCACGCAAAGAGAUCAAGCAGCUGCGCCAAGUGGUGGAAACUAUGAAGAACAGCCUUGUGGAGAAGGACAAGGGCAUCCAGAAGUACUUCAUCGACAUAAACAUCCAAAACAGGAAGCUGGAGUCCUUACUCCACAACAUGGAGUUAGCGCAGAAUGGCUGCUACUUACAGGAUGAGCUGACGUUAGACUUUAUCUGUGAGUCUUCAGAAAUAUCUACCGCUGGCAAGUUGGAGAUGGAUCUACAUGGCGAGGAACAAGCGGUGGAGGAGAUGGCUGAUAGUGAGCUGUUGGCCAAUGACGAGAUGGCCAACAGAGCAGAGAUUCUGGAGCAGGUUCUCAUGUCCACUGCUGUCGAUUCAAGCCAGGACGGUGGCACCAAGAUCAUUUCCCAACCAGGACUGUCCACCUUGGAGACGAGUGUCUCGGAAAAGAGCACCGAGGAGCAUAUCUCAAGCGACCCCUUUGGUCCAGAAGAUAAAGGUGUCCAGACGGAUGAGAUCUACACCGCUGAUCUCCAAGCUCUCCUUUUCCAACUGCUAAAGCUCCAGGGUGGCGGCUUCUCUGGCCUCCUUAUUCCUUCUCCCCACCAAUCCCAGGAAUUACCUUCAGAACAGGUUCCCAAAAAGUUUGAGGACUUGCUUGAAGCACAAAACCCCAUUAAGGAGGAAAAGUCUCCUGAAGCACAAGACAAAGAAGUCAAAGAUGUUGGCCUCAUUUGCACCAACAUUUCCCAAAAUGCUCCUAGUGAUUCCGGUCUGUGUGUUUCUGAGCCCGGAAUGAGUCCCGAGUUCAUGGAGGAGCUGAAUUUCGACCUGAAGAAUUCAAAGAAUACCUCUAGCAUGGCAGUGGUGGGGAAAAGCCACUGGAGCAACAACUUCUUGGUGGAUCUGGUUGCUGUGGCGGCACCCGUGCUGCCUACCGUGGCGUGGCUCUACUCGCAGCACGGUUUGGUCGGAGGGGCUCCAGUGUACAACAUUGUAGCUUUGAUUCGAGGCUGUUGCAUUGUGGGAUUGCACUCACUCCGCCAUGUCUCUCACGGGCCAGACACUUAGUAGCCCUCACCCACAUCUACAACAAGAGCACUUAAACUUUAUCUUCAAGUAAAAAUUGUGUUUUUGCACACGUGAUUAUACGCAUACACUUAUUUUCCGUUUAGUUGUGACAUUCCUACUUUGCACUGUGUAUUUUUGCCAGCUGAGGCACAAAGGUUGAAUUUAUGGGGAUAUAAAGGGACUUGAUUUGUCUUUUCUUUUUGUUAUUUAUUGCCCUUAUGUUUGUGUGUAUACAUAUAUAAAUAUUUUUGCAGAAUCUGAUCAUGUUGGUGGUUAUGUUGCUCAAGUCUUGUUCUUUGCUGACUGCUAUUCCCUGCUUUUUAUAAGAGUCAUUUGCAGUGACAAUAGGGGUUGACUGUCAGUUGACCGUCGUUUUUGUUGUAGUUAAAAUGUCACUUGUGUUCCAAAAGAACUAAAACCUUCUGCCAAAGCUUAAAUGUGUUCAACCUUUUGUGUUAAGUGAAACCGUAUUUCUCUCCAUGGAGUUCGAGCUUUUCACAUGUUGCUCUGUAAACUGACAUUUCCUGAAAGGCAGCAUUUGCCAGCGAACACUUGUUAUGUGCCUGAGCUAUGUGCAAUAUUUUUGUUUAUAUCAGAUGUAUAUCAUUAUAUUUAUUAUUAAAGCAUGGAAAACCCCUUCAA